CAGUACCCCGUACCCGACGUGCUUUACAUUCAUAAAUACCACAUCAGUUUUUAUCAAAAUAUCCCCCAAAAAGAAAAACAAACAAUCGCAUUUACUGGGAUCAUCGCCACAGUACAGUCAGUGCCCCUGAUGACGAAACCAGUUUAAAUGCGCCGGUGGUUCCGUUAGUACUGUAAGCUUGUGCGUGUAAAUUCUUCAUUUUGAACAAAUUUUAUAAUGAAAUACUACUCAUGGUCAAUAAUUUUAAUACUUUUGGUGAGUUUGGAGCUUACCUUGGGACGACCCGAAAAUGGAAAUGCCAUUGAAACAAAAGGUGUAGAAUUGCCCCAGGCCACAGAAUCUACAAUAUUGCCUCUUGAGAUAUCUACAAUAGUUAGUGCUCCUGUUAAAGGGCCUUCUCAGGUCCAAGGAGGCUCAGAUGUAAACUCUCUUCCCAAUCAGAACAUUUCUGAAGAGUUAAAGAAAAAUUCUACUUUGAACCCGCCUGACGGGGUUUCCAAGAACUUCAGCAAUGAUCAUAAGACUUCUUAUGAGGGUUCUAUGUCUAAUGGAGGACCCAAUCAGAUUGUACCAGCUUCUCCAGCAGGUCAGGAUUUACUAGAUCCACCUUUGGAAGAAGAUGCCAAGAAGUCCAUCAGUGAGUCUAAAUUGCCUGGUUCCAAGUCAAAUCAAGAUCCUGGAUCUGCCACCUCUGUAAAGUCUCCUCUAGAUGUUCCCUUUGAAGACAAGUUUCAAGAAGUUUCCAAACCCUCCUUCAGUGAUUCUCCUUUAGCUUAUAAGCCUUUAAGACCGUCCUAUGCUAGUUCAAUGUCUAAUGGGGUGCCCAAUCAGAUUGUACCUGCUAGAGUGGACGCUCCUCAGGAUGUUCCUGUUAAAAAAGAUUUCAAGCCUUUAGUCCCUGGAACUGCUGCAAUAGAUUCUGCACAACCACCUGCAAAGUCACCACUGGAUAUUCCCUUUGAAGAAAAGUUUCAAGAAGUUGCCAAGCCUGCCUUCAGUGAUUCUCCUUUAGCGUAUAAGCCCUUAAGACCUUCCUAUGCUGGUUCUAUGUCUAAUGGAGUGCCCAAUCAGAUUAUACCUGCUAGAGUGGACGCUCCUCAGGAUGUUCCUGUUAAAAAAGAUUUCAAGCCUUCAGUCCCUGGAGCUCCCGCAGUAGAUUCUGCACAACUACCUGCAAAGUCUCCUUUGGAUAUUCCCUUUGAAGAAAAAUUUCAAGAAGUUUCCAAGCCUUCCUUCAGUGAUUCUCCUUUGGCUUAUAAGCCCUUAAGACCGUCCUAUGCUGGUUCUAUGUCUAAUGGGGUGCCCAAUCAGAUUGCACCUGCUAAAGUAGACUCUCCUCAGGAUCUUCCUGCAGUGAAUUCUCCUCAGGAUAUUCCUGUUAAAGAAGAUUUUAAGCCUUUAGUCCCUGGAGCUCCCGCAGUAGAUUCUGCACAACCACCUACAAAGUCUCCUCUGGAUAUUCCCUUUGAAGAAAAGUUUCAAGAAUUUGCCAAGCCUGCCUUCAGUGAUUCUCCUUUGGCUUAUAAGCCUUUAAGACCGUCCUAUGCUGGUUCAAUGUCUAAUGGAGUGCCCAAUCAGAUUGUACCUGCUAGAGUGGACACUCCUCAGGAUGUUCCCGUUAAAGAAGAUUUCAAGCCUUUAGUCCCUGGAGCUCCCGCAGUAGAUUCUGCACAACCACCUACAAAGUCACCACUGGAUAUUCCCUUUGACGAGAAGUUUGAAGAAGUUGCCAAGCCUUCCUUCAGUGAUUCUCCUUUGGCUUAUAAGCCUUUAAGACCUUCCUAUGCUGGUUCUAUGUCUAAUGGAGUGCCCAAUCAGAUUGUACCUGCUCGAGUGGAUGCUCCUCAGGAUGUUCCUGCAUUAAACUCUUCUCAGGAUGUUCUUGUUAAAGAAGAUUUCAAGCCUUCAGUCCCUGGAACUCCUGCACAACCAUCUACAAAGUCUUCUCUAAAUAUUCCCUUUGAAGAGAAGUUUGAAGAAGUUGCCAAGCCUGCCUUCAGUGAUUCUCCUUUGGCUUAUAAGCCCUUAAGACCUUCUUAUGCUGGUUCCAUGUCAAGUGGGGUUCUCCAUCAGAUUGUACUAUUAAACUCCGACAAUUGUAGUUUUCCUAAUAGCAGAAUCAAUAGAAAAACUUCAUCUAAGUUGCAUCGCAAUCAAUUCGGGGAAUCUUCCAAAGAUGCUUUAAACAGGACUUCAAAUGUGGAAGAAUCUGGAAAACCUUAUGAGAUUAUUAAAGAGAGGACCACCUUUAACAUUGAAAACAUUCGGGAAUCUAAGAAGUUUCUGGACCCUUCGGCAGGUCCUCGGAGCUCCAGGAAAUCAGAAGAAGAAAUCGAUGAGUCGAUACCAGGAAUGAAGAAGUUCCGGGAUGUUCUUAAAGAAGUUUAUAACAGUGUACCCAUCAGAAGGUACUUGGAACGUAGGCGCCAAGUAGCUAAGAAGCCUCUACAGUACCCUGGAGAAUAUUCGUUGAAACAUCUACAGCCCGGAUGGUACAGCUUCUGAGAAAAACGCAGUUUAACUUAAUAUGAGGUUUAAUAAAAUAUUGAAGUAAUGGUUCUACUUUUUCUUGACAUCGUUUACUUUAGGUCAAAGUGGUACUGCUAAGUUUUCCUAGAAAAAAGAGGGUUUAAUGUAAUGAAACCUUGGCCUUAUGCAAAAUAAUUUAUUACAAUAUUAAAAUUACGAAAAAAUCA